ACUUAUCUCUGGACGUUCUCGGACUCCCCCAUCUAUUCGACUCUGAGUCUCUAGCUCCCCAUUCCUAGAAUUCGACGACGAUGGAGGAGACAGAUGAAGUCAACGAGCAGAGCGCGCUAUUGUUUCAAGAAUCUGACGAUGAUCGUGAUAAGAGUGACAAGAAACCCACACCUUUACCGAAGUUCCAACUGUUCAACUUGUUGCUAUUGCAAUUGGCAGAACCUAUCACAUCGCAAUGUAUCUAUCCAUUCUUGAAUCAGCUUGUUGGCGAGUUGCCUAUCACUGGGGGUGAUCCAAGGAAGAUUGGAUACUAUGCCGGCAUGAUUCAAUCUUGCUUCUUUGCCACAGAAGCUAUCUUCGUUCUGCAUUGGAGCAUGCUAUCCGAUCACAUUGGUCGGAAGCCUGUUCUCCUGAUUGGAAUGGCAGGACUCUGCAUUUCCAUGAUUCUCUUCGGUCUAUCAAGGACAUUCUUACAUCUCAUGCUAAGUCGGUGCCUCGUGGGGUUGUUGAAUGGAAACGCUGGCGUCAUGAAGAGUAUGAUGGGAGAAAUCACGGAUUCUACGAACAUGGCUCAAGCCUUUGCACUUUUACCAAUUGUAUGGUCGGCGGGUACUACAAUUGGACCAAUGAUGGGUGGUCAUCUGGCCAGACCUCAUGAUAGGUGGCCAAACCUUUUCUCGAACCAAUUCUGGAUAGACUAUCCUUAUUUCCUACCUUGUGUCGCAUCUGCGGUGUUCUCCGCAUUCGUUUUCUUGAAUACAGCACUCUUCCUUAGAGAGCCUGAGCGGAAGAAGAAAUCCGUCAGUGCGCUUGUCGAUGGAGAGUUCACGGACGAGUCCGAUACACUCGACGACAAGCCACUCCCGUUACGAGCCGUGCUCACCAGACGAGUUCUCAUCUCGGUUGGAAACUAUGGACUUCUGGCCUUAUUGGAAAUUGCCUACCUCGCUAUUUUGCCACUUUUCUACACUACACCUAUCGAAUUAGGAGGUCUGGGCCAGUCUCCUGCGCACAUUGGAACGAUAAUGGGUUCUUUUGGAAUUGCCAAUGGGAUAUUUCAGGGGUUACUCUUCGCCAAAAUUGUUGGUCGCGUUGGGCCAAAACGUUUGUUUAUGGUUGGAAUGUCACUAUUCCCAGUGCUAUUUGCACUGUUUCCUGUUAUCAGUUUCGUUGCACGCCGUCAGGGCUUAUCGCCUUUGGUUUGGGUCUUAGUCGGAGUACAGCUCGCUGUUCAGGUUAUCAUGGAUUGCUGUUAUGGCUGCAUCUUCAUGUUUGUCACCUCAUCCGCCCCGAACAAGCGAUCUCUCGGGACGACCAACGGCAUUGGUCAAGUGUUGGCAGCUAUCACUCGAGCCAUCGGUCCUGCGACGGCCACCUCACUGUUCGCCGUGUCUGUUGAGCGGAACUGGCUCGGAGGAAAUGCGGUUUACCUCAUUUUGGCCGUCGUCUCUAGCAUGGCUUUGUUCGUAUCCAAUCUUCUACCCUCUCAAAUGUGGCACAGAGAUGAUGAUUGAAUACGCGUGCUUUGCGGAUUGCUCGUUCCGCUGGCAUCAUCUGUCUAUCACCAAUCUUCCUUCUCUCCGUGCGUCGCCCUCCCGUUUGUGCCUAUAUUUUUGUCAUUGCUGGUGUGACCCCGGCAUCCUCGCCAUUGAAUUUCUAGAAGAAACAUCUCAUUUAGGGCAGUAGAGUCUUGUACCAAUACUUUGGUACCUGAAUGCUUCUGGUACGCCAAAAUCUCGAUGAAUUGAUAUUGCUCUAAAUAGACUUCGCUGUUACUUAAAGCGUCAACGGGAGAGCCGUCGAAGGGAAUGGGACCAUUCAUUGUCCGCAGGUUUUGUUCAGAUGGAGAUAAAGCGGUCAUGCGUUCUAUUGGCUCCUCAAGCCAUUUUCCCGGAGGUGAUCAUCUUUCUUGCCCUGGAGAAGUGUCGUUUGGAGUUUCGCUUGCUGUGAUAGAUUUAGUGCAGCUUGAAGCGACAAUCGGUACACUCAUGCAACACCGUUAUUACUCGCU